CACACCUCUACCUAGUGUUUUUGUCCUCUCGGGAGAUCUGCGGCAGUUGUUCUUCUCCUACCUUCCAAACUGCAACACCUUCUCGUACACCAGAAAUUUAGAUAUUCGUGUACAUGUCCCCCCUCUCCCCCAACCCCACCCAAUUUGAAAGGUGCAGAAGCUGUCUGAAAAAAUAUCAGGUUUUGAUUCGAGCAGUUUAAACCUCAAACCCGAGUCCUUAACCGCAAACCCACUGUGUGUGGUGCUUCUUUUCUUCUUUGGAAGAUCUAAAUUUGAGCUUGGUAACUAAAUCCAACACAUUCUGAUCAGCAAGGGGAAGGCAAGAGAGAAGAUUGAUUCAUAAAAAUAAAAAGCUCGGCUCAGGGCACAAGGACUUAGAUAUGUCACUGGGUAUUCAAUUCAGCAAUCAAUAUGCUCCCAUUCUGACUACACCCAAUGAAGAUAUUGAUCACGGUGACUGGUCUGCAAUUGCAGAUUUUUGUAUGCGUGCGGUUAUUUAUGUGGGAAUGUUAGUUGUGGUGGUGAUGGUGGUUGCCCUGGUCCUGAAAUUCCUAGGAAGUCUCCGUGGCGACACCACGAUAGAACAAGUAAUAGCAACAGAAACCGAUCGUCUACUACCCAAGGAGGCAACUUCAUUCUCAUAUGGAACAAGUGAAGAAGAUGAAGAGUCAGGAAAUUGUAAUAACAGUUCAUCAGAAAACUUGUACGAUGGAAAAAUAUGCGUAAUAUGCUAUGAUGAACCAAGAGAUUGCUUCUUCAUUCCUUGUGGUCACUGUGCUACCUGCUAUGUUUGUGCCCAGAGGAUUAUGGAUGGGGAAAGGAAGGCGUGCCCGGUAUGCAGAAAAUUCAUUAACAAAGUGAGAAAAUUGUUUAUUGCAUAGAAUUUGACCUCUAAGACUUAAUUUUUAAAGUUCUUCCUUAUUACCCGUCGUAUAUUUUUGGGGAGAUGCGAUACUACAAGUGUUUUUGCCUCUCAAAAUGGGGGACGAUGAUGUUAGGAGAUAGAAAAAAUCAAAUUCUACAAUUGUAGAGAAUUGUGUUAGUGCUUGAACUCCCCCUAUGGUGUAUCUGUAAAUUGCCUUAAUUAGCAUGG